AUGCUACCACCGUCGCCCGAUCCGCAGACGCGCGAAAACGAACCCGAAGGAAUCGGGCGCAAGAGACGUCGCAUCGUCCAGGCCUGUGAGGAGUGCCGAGACCGGAAGCGCAAAUGCGAUGGCGGGAGGCCCGUCUGCGGCGCCUGCUCCCGUAGACCGGGGCAGAGCUGUGUCUGGAACGAUGAUCGGAACACCAAAGGCUGGAGUAAAAACUACGUUGAGGGUCUGCGCGCACGUAUCAGGCAGCUGGAGUCGGCGAUGAGCACAUCCUCGGCCGACACAGUUGAUCAAGCAGCGCCGUCCGAUGCCAACCGCAUCCUCGACCACGCCGACCAGCCGACAUACCCGCCGGAAAGCCUGCCCACCGCGAUGCCCACGCUUCCGCUCCUGGGACCGCAGUCUGCAUCGCCCCCGGUACCAGCCAUGGGCGGCUCGCCGGACAUGAUGCGCGGUCGGGCGGUUGGCGAGGCGGCGUCGGAACCAUCAUUACGGGGUCCACCUCGUGGCACCGACAAUUCGAGCAACGGCACCGAUGACGGUGAGUUCAACGCCAUGGCCUCGGACAGCAGUGAGACCGGCAUGGAUGCCAUGGGCGUGGUUCGGUGCGCCAACGGCACCAAGGGCCGCGCCCGGCGCUCGUCGGGAUACUUUGGCCCAUCGAGUACCUUUAGCCUUCUGGAUGACGCGUACAGCGCCAUCAACGGUCGGCCCAGGGGGAAGGACUCGCAGGACGGCGGCGGGGUGCCGAUGACUCGGGGCAAGCAUAGGCACGGCCGUGGGGGUGGCCGGGGCGCGGACCCUGGCAUCAGAAGCCUGAAUUUGAGCGUCCCGCGACGAGCCGAGGCGGAUGAGCUCUUGGAGAGCUACUGGACGUGGGUUCAUUCCCUGUACCCGUUUCUGCACCGGCCAUCGUUCGACAAGCGUUACCGAUCCAUCUGGGCCGGCAAGGGCGAUAGUGAGGAGCUCGACGGCGGCGGAGGAGGCGUGACAAGCUACUAUGACGACGUUGGAGAUGGACUCUUCCAUUGCUUGCUGAAUCUCGUCUUUGCCAUGGGCGCGCCAUUCAACGCGGUCAUUCCCUUCGAGGACCGCGACACUGUGAGCCGUACCUUUUUCCGCCGCGCCAAAGUGCUCAUAGACCUAGACACGCUCGCCUGCGGCAGUACCGCCAUGGUCCAGGCACUUCUACUUAUGUGCCAAUAUCUCCAGAGCACCGAUGAGGCCAGCAGCUGCUGGAACACGGUUGGCCUGGCGGUGCGGGUGGCCCAGGGCGUCGGACUGCACCACGAACCUCAGUGCUGCUGGAACGGUCACUGCGAGAGCGGCCACAGCCAGCUCGAAGUUGAGAUGCGCCGAAGGACGUGGAUGGGAGCCAUGUUGUUUGACCGCGUCCUGUCCAUGACCUAUGGGCGUCCUCUCAUGAUCCACCCCAGCCUCACGCGCAACCGCCUGUUCCUCCCUCUGGCAAUCGACGACCAGUACCUCACAGGACCGGGGGAGCCGCCUGGCCAACAGCCAGCGGAGACGGUUAGCCUCGUAGAGUGUUACGUCGCAGCCGUUCGACUCCAGGACGUCAUUGGUGAGCUUGUCAUGUCGUCCAACUACAUAGGCAUGGGCAAACAAGAUCGCCGUGGCAUGGAGGGCAGUGGGCCAGGAGGACGCUGCAGAGAGAACACAGCAUACAGGCUCUGUGUGGGCGACUUGGAUCUGCAGACCAUCCUGGAUAUUGAGAAUCUGCUGGUCGAGUGGCGCGAGAGCCUCCCAGAACACCUCUGUCCGCAGUCGUUCAAGGACGGGCGUGCCGCAGCUCUUGGUCAGGAUCAGCACCGAGUGAUGUUGCUGGAGCGCCAGGCAAAUGUGCUUGAGGCAAGAUAUCUUCAUGCACGCUUAGCGCUUUUUCGGCCGGCUCUAUCACUACUUUGUAAGUCAGUGCCUAAGCCGGGAGAGAAUCCUCUCGAUACCCUCACGGCAAGAGACAGGAUGAGCUGGGCCAUGAUGACCAAGGCUGCCGACCUGUGCGUGUCAGCGGCCGGAGACCUGACCAACGCUAUUACCGGCAACGCCGACCUUGGCUUCCAACGUCUUCAGGCGCCUUGGUACAGCGUAUUCUAUGUACACAGCUGCGCCAUGGUUCUGCUACUCGGCUAUCUGUGCUCGCCCACUUACAUCUCGUGUAUGGAUGAGACUUCGCUCAUGGAGUCCUACAACCGCUGCCUCUCCUUCUUUGAGGAGAGUCGUCCACACUUGGUAUCUGCUCAGCGUUGCAGCAAGGUGCUCCAGCUGAUCCAACAACAAGUGUUUCGCUAUCGUAAUGGCCCUCAAGAAGGAAACUCUUUUGGAUUUUUGGAUCUCCCAUUUGACAUGCUUCGUGGCGGUCCGGCACCCGUCCAGCCGGUCCCGCCACUGGGUGACCCGCGUGAUGGCCAGCCUAUGUUUAGCCAGACUUUCCCUCUCGAAGAUGUACAGUUUGACCAGCUGUAUGCGGGGAGGAUAUUGAACGAUACUUAUGAGGCGACGUGGCUACCGCAUCUCACUUUCUAG